UAAAUACCAAAAGUGUAAAUACGUUUAUUAGGCAGGGUAAAAUUUUACGAAUUUUAAUAUUCUUGAAAAACAAAAUUAUCCCUUUUACACCUCAUCCGUUUAACAACAUAAUAAAUACUGAUAGUUUUGUGAAAUGAUACAAGUAUAACAGAGGAUAUAUCGGAUACCAAGGAAACUGACAAAAAGCAGAUGACAGAACCAGUUACAGCUCAACCACAACCAAUUGAGGGAACUCUGUUAGUUUCUCCCGUUCAAGGUCAUCGUAAAUGGACUACUGGGCUGUUUGACUGCUUUACUGACUGCAAGACAUGUGUGAUUUCCUACUUAUGUCUCCCAUGUAUCGUAUGCAAUAUUGCUGUUAAACUUGGCGAUUGUGCCUGUAUGCCAUAUGUUGUUCCUGGUUCAACUAUUGCCAUGAGAACAAGGCUCAGGACGCUUGGAGGUAUCCAGGGUUCAAUAUGUAAUGACUGUCUUGUGAUGGGAUUUUGUGAACCAUGUGCCAUCUGUCAGAUGUCAAGAGAGCUCAACAACAUGGGCAUUAAAUAAUAACAGACAAAACUUUGUAAAUCCAUAGACAUCAACAAACGUGGUUUUAGUAAAACUUGUCUGUAUUUGAAA